UAUCAUCAUCAUCAUUUCUCUCUGUCUCUCUCUCCUACCUACCAAUACCAAGUAGGCAGAGGAGAGAGCGAGACACCGGCGGGGCAAACUCGGGCGGCCUCUCCGUCUUCCCUCCCUCCCUUUUUGUUUUGAUUGAUCCAAUCCAUAGAGAGAUCGAUGAUGAUGAGGUAGGAGGUUUCGUUCCUCGGGAGAUCGAUCGAGAUCGCGCACCGGAGGAGCGGAGCAGAUCCUUCCUUGGCCUUGAGGAUUGUUGCUGCUCCUAUUGUUCAGGAGAGGAAGAAAAAUACCUAGAUUGGAGAGAUGAGGAUUCAUGCGAGAUGCCACCUGAACAUGGAAUGCCGAAUGGAACUGCUGAUGCUGUUGUAAAUAGGAGGCCUCGACGCCUCUUUGGGAGAGCAUCAGAGAGGAAGAACCCACUCAACCUUCAGUUUGAGCGUCAAGUAGCUCGCCUUGAAUCAAGACAGCAACAACAGAGGUGUAUUGUCGUGACAGUUAUUCCCUUAGAUUUCUGUUGUGACUACAAAUCGCCAUCACUCACAGAGAAUGGAAAUAAUCAUUCCUCAUAUCAACAGACACCUCCAGAAGAGAGCCUCGAGACAUCAUCCUUAUCACCAACCUCGCCAUCGUCCUUAUCACCAACCUUGCCAUCAAUUUUUUUCGUGCUUAAUGCUCCAGAUGGAUCUCACAGUCACAGAAGAUGGCCAGAUAAUUCAUCGAGGCUACUGGAAGAUAAAUCCACCAAAUCCAAUAGCGUCUCCAAUUCGGAUUUCCUAGUCAACAUCUUUACCAAGCCAAGUGGUGACGCAAGACAUAGUUCAAGAAGGAAGUGCAAAAAGAAAAGCAAGAAGCACAGGCAACGUUGUAGGAAACCAAUGGAUGGGCCUGAAGCUAAAUGCACGGAGAGCAACAAUGCUGCCCCUGCUGUCGAUGUGUGUGAUUGUGAUGAUUUGGCACUUUCACCUAAGCACGUUGGUGACAUUCACUUUGAGGAAACUUUUUCUCCCAGUUCAUCUGUUAAGGAAGCUUCUGAAGAGGCUCCUGAGAGUGACAAUGAUAACGGGUACCCUUGCUGCUCAGGUGGUUCAGCUUCCCAUGCAUCUUACUGUGAUGAGAUGGAACUGUCCAGAUCAGCAAGUUCGUUCCCUGGAUCAUGUGGACAAUGUAAUAGCAGUAACUUCAGGUAUUUGGACAACGCUCAAAAUUCUGUAUUUACAGGUUCAACUCAAGAAACUUGUUUUUCUGGCAGUAUUGUGAGUGGUAAUCAUGAUAGCAAGACUCUGUUGAUAUUAAGAAAUGAACGUGGACCUGAUCCAUGUGAAGCGACAGAAUUUUCCAGCAAUAAGAGUGGAUUUGAUGAGAAUUGGCUAGAGAAGUCUGAUUAUGACAGUGGAAUUUGUUCCCAAAAUGGCAUUGGUGCAUGCAAUGGAGUUCAGGCAGUCCAUUUGUGCAGUGACACAAGCAGCGACAAUGAUUUCUGUCUUGUAGUAUCUAGAAAGAGAGCCAGAAAAGAGAAAAAAAUGUCAUUGUGGAGGAGUUAUGGAGAGUGUGCGUCAACAAUUACAAAUGUUCGAAAUGAAAAAUGUGUUGGUCGGGCUCCUAUGCCUAUUGCCAAGGAAGUCACCACCAACUAUUGGUCCUAUAGACAAAAUCAUGUUGAUAGGGUACAUCCUCAGCAUGGAAUUGCACUAAAACACUCCACGAAGAAUUUCAUGCAAAGGCCACGUAGAGUUUGCAUGGAGACCCAAAAAGGAGUUCAAGCAGAAGAUUCCAAGGUAGGAGCAAGUCUCGAUCAUUUUACAGGCGUGAGAGAAAAAACUUGUGGAAAAUCAUCUAGCCAUUUUGACAAAGAACAGCAGCUUUAUUUAAGUAGGAAACUAUCCAAUGCUCUUCACAGCAGAGAAUCAAUCCAUCAUGAGAUGAGAUCAGUUUCUUCUUCUGAACCAACAACUCUUAAGUCUUUAAGGGGCCUUUGUACUUCAGAAUCUGAUGAAUCAACAGAUAUUACCGUAGGAGCUCUUUCCCUGCAGAAAAGAAGGCUGCUGGAUUCCGUUCAAACCGAUGAUGCCAGUGAAACUAUUUCUGGAGAAUCAUCACUUGGGUCUAAGUCAACGACAACCGAAUUAAUGGUUAGGUGUGGUACAGUUCCACCUGUUGAAGGGAACCGUGGCUGUGAAGAGUUCUGCAGUUCUAAAACACAUCUAAAUGAGAUUCUCAGGGCUGUAAACGAUGCUUACAAAGUUCAGGUCGCUGCAGAUGUUCACCUUGCUGCUGGUUAUCCAAUUACUGAUCUUGAAACAUUUAUAUAUUCUGCAACUCCAGUUAUUGGUCAUGCACCUUGCAUGCGAAGCAGCAAUUGCUCAUGGGACCAAGCAGGUAGCAGCUCAGUUUGUCAACAUGACAUCUCUAAUGUUUCCUUAAUGAGCAUAUGGGAGUGGUAUGAAGAGCCAGGGUGUUAUGGGUUGGAAGUAAAAGCUCUAAAUGACCUCAGCUCUAAAACAUCCUGCGGCAGCAGUUCAGAGUUCUUUGCAUACUUUGUACCUUAUAUAUCUGCUAUUCAGUUGUUUGGGUGGUCUAGGAAUAACACGGAUCACAGUUUUUCUAUACAAGGGAAAGAAUUAUUGAAAUCAUCAAAUACUGCAAGCUCUUUAAGCUCUCAUCCUGUGCAUGCAAAGGUGCAUAAUUCGUUUGAUGAAAGCAAUGCAUGCUUGUCAGAGUCAUCUUCAGUUGUAGAAGGUCAUGGAGAACUCAUGUUUGAGUACUUUGAAACAGAGCAGCCUUCUUUCCGCCCUCCGUUAUUUGAAAAGAUCAAGGAGCUUGUUAGCGGUGCAACCAUUUCUGACAACCGGAUUCUUGGGGACCCUGAAAAGCUGCAAAACGCAAAAUUGUGUGAGCUUCAUCCAGCUUCCUGGUUCUGUGUUGCCUGGUAUCCAGUUUAUCGUGUGCCUCGUGGGACCUUCCGUGCAGCAUUUCUUACUUACCAUUCGCUGAGCAAAUUGGUUCCUCGAAAAUGCUCCCUGGAUAUGACUGGUGGGCAUACGUGUAUAGUUUCACCAGUUGUUGGUCUCCAGAGUUACAAUGACAAGGGAGAACAGUGGUUUCAGCUUAGAUGCACAGAUCUGAAGCUAUCACCAAGAGAUGAGGCGGGUCGUGCUGAAAUUCAGAAAGAAAGGCUGAGGACACUGAAGAUGGGUGCCCUGGCCAUGGCAAGAGCUGUCGUCCCAAAGGGAAGUGGGGAGUCUGUGAACCACCAUCCAGAUUACGAGUUCUUCCUGUCCCGAUUCGGCUAAGGCUAAGAAACAACAUUGUUCUGGUUCCCACUGACUAGGGUAGUAAUCAAAGGGGGAAAAAAAGACAAAAGAGAGAAAGUAGUGACUAACCAGAGGCAGGCUAUAAUAUAGUUGAUGCAAGAGGAUAGAGAGCAUGCGGGUGAUGGGUGUCACCCUCUAUAUAGAAGACAGAUUACAUACAAUCUAACCUGACGCCGGAUUACCGAUGGCAACCGAGUUGGUGAGUUUUAGGCUUGUCAUAGUAGUAGAAUAUGGCAGUACCCUACCCGGGAUGGGUGUUGGGGUGGGGGUGGCGGCGGCGGGCGGCUGUAAGAUGUUGCCGAUGUCCGAUGAUGUGACUCUGCAGGUCUAGUGUUCCCUUUUGUACAGAUACACAACACAAGAAGAGUAGCAAGAAUUGCAUUUGGUUGGUUGGGCUUUUGCUGUGGCUUCUA